UCAGUCAAUUAUUCAUACAUUAGAAGCCCAGGUCUGGAGAUGAUCUGUCGAAAAUUCAGUUUUCUAUGCCACCCCAAGCCCCUCUGUCUCGGUCUCGGUCUCUCUAAAACUGAAUACCAGUGUUCAACAGAAUUGGCCUACUGCAAAUUUCACAAUACCGUACAAUCUAUAAAUUACGACAAGCUUGCAAAAAACAAAAAAAGAAUAUGCACAAGUCACUUUGUAGUCUAGUCGGUGUAAUCUGCAGGGAUUCAAUCAGUGUUAAAUAAUGAUUUCGAUGGACGGGGAGGAGCUCAGAAACAAAUAAAUUCCCACUUCUUUCUACACUUGUUGAACAAGAGUUAAACCGAACGCGGAAAGAACCAAGUGGAUGUUAAGUGAUUUUUUUUUUUUUUUUUCCUCGCAAGAGUGAAAGUACAUCUGACAGGACUCCAGUACCUCAUUGUACCAGUUGUGAAGACCAGUCCCUGGCACUGUGGAGUGGCACUGGGGUGUUCAGUCACUGGAGGUCCUACGGUGAAUGGGCCUCGGCACUGCUCGUCAGACUCUGAAGGCAGCCAUGGCAACGCCUCGUCCGCACGGUGAAGCGGACGCAGCGGGCGCACAGGACGCAGCGGAUGCCCUGGAUGUGUGCGAGACGCCGGGCCACAGCGACCUGCCCAAUGGCCUGAUCCACACCACCCUCGCUGGGGAGGAUGGCGGCGGCAAGCCCCAGGGGUUCCUCUGCGGCCUGCGGAAGGGCAUCCGGAAACACCGCGACUACGUCCGGAUCCCUGUUCCGGACCCCAAGACUGACCACCUGCCCCUGGAGUGGUGGAAAACCGGCGUUGCUUUCAUCUACGCCUGCUUUAACCUGGUGCUGACCACGGUCGUGAUCACGGUCGUGCACGAGAGGGUCCCGGACAAAGAGACCAGCCCCCCCUUGCCCGAUAAGUUCUUCGACUACAUUGACCGUGUCUCCUGGGCUUUUACCGUGACGGAAGUCAACGGCAUGAUUCUCUUGGGGCUGUGGUUCAUGCAGUGGCUUUUCCUUAAAUACAGGGCGAUUGCAGGCAGAAGGUUCUUCUUUCUCAUGGGAACUCUCUACCUCUACCGUUGUGUUACCAUGUACAUAACCACCCUACCUGUCCCAGGCAAGCACAUGACCUGUGCCCCCAAGCUGUAUGGAGACUCUCAAGCCAAAGUCCACCGUAUCCUGCAGCUUAUCUCUGGGGGAGGUCUGUCCAUGGCCAGCUCUGACCUCAUGUGUGGGGACUUCCUUUACAGUGGACACACACUAAUGCUUACACUCACUUACCUGUUCAUCAAGGAGUAUUCCCCACGCACCUUCUGGUUGUACCACGUGGUGUGCUGGCUCUUAAGCAUUGUGGGAGUGGUCUGCAUCUUGGUGGCUCAUGAACACUAUAGCGUGGAUGUUGUAGUGGCCUACUUCAUCACUUCCCGCCUCUUCUAUUGGUACCACACCAUGGCCAAUGUACAGGAGCUGAGAAACUCGCCGCACAAUUACCUGAAGAACACUUGGUGGGGACACGUGUUUAACUUCUUUGAGAAAAAUAUACAGACACAGGUGCCCUGCACGUUCUGCUGGCCCAUUCCCUGGCCCCCCUCCUGUUUCAAGAACUCCUGCAAGAGGUACACUGCAGUGCAGAGUGCGCGGGAGGAGUGACAAAUCGGACCAAAUUGAACCGGACUGGACCGGACCGGCACCGCUCAGACAUUCACUGCCACUGGUGGGCCAGCACAACUCUAGUCUGUAUUCAUACACAUGGUCUCAUGGACUGGACUUUAAAGCAGGACUUUUUCAGCCCAUGCUGAAGACUCUGGAAAGUGCCACAGUAUGAUAUGCAACAAAAGUGCAUGUCGGACAAGCAGAUUCACUUGGAAUGACGAAAAACUAAAAAUACACCGAAUUCAUGAUGGGCUUUAUACAUUCUGUUUUAGUGCAGAAUCAGGGCCAAUGUGCCCCAACAAAUGAAUUUGGGUGUUUAUUUGGUGGAUUUCUGAUAAUGAUUAAAUAAUACGUCAACAUGUUGUGUUUUGCAAACUGUUCUCAUCGAUACAAAGGUUACUAUGGUUCGUUACAGAUCCCAAGUCAUUCUUCUGUGACUGAAAUUGAGUGCCCUAACAUUUUGCAGUGCUAAAUCCUCACUUUGGGUACAGUAUUGUGAAGCAACUGAUCUUGUUCCUGUCCCUGACAACCUGCUGCUUUCAGUGUUUUGAAGGAAUGUUUUGGUAAGGGAAUUUGCAAAGGCAUAUUGGUUUAAAUCCUGACUGGCAGUCGUGUACUGAUGUUGACCAGAUAUGGCUCCAUUUGCCUUGCCGAGUCAAAUUUUUGAGCAUUUACCAAUGCAUCUAGUUUACUUGAAGGGCAUUUCUAGCCAUUGUUGAACAAUAGGUGGUAGAAUGAAUUUCCAUAUGUGGUCAACAACUGCAGUGUAGAAAUAUUCAGUUAAAGUGCACAAGUCAAAAUGUAUACUUUCAAUUUGUAAUUCAAUUCAAAAUAUGCUGCCACAGUUCUGAAUGUGCAUGUUUCGCCAUUGCAUUUGGAACACAUUUUGUUUGAAAUUAAAACUGUUGGGCGUAUACAUUUUGGCAUUAACUUUUUGCUAUUUUCAUGUUUAUUCAACCAGUUUCGUUAUCAUGCACUUAGCACGUUAUCUGCACUUUGGAGCAGUGCCACUGACCUUCCACUUUUGUCAUGAUUGAAAAGAAAAAGUGAAUUCCUUUUAACGUGUGGUGAUGAGUAUUUCAAGUUUUAAAUGGUGUUUUGGCUUUUUAAGUUAUGCAUUUCUCUGUAUGUUUCCGUCUGCAUUUUUGUUUCUUGAUGAAUUUCUAUCUUGUGGUAGUAAUUGUGUAAUAUUAGCCAGAAAGAACAUUAAAAGACCAAUCGCACCUGAAGAAA